UAUGGAUGGUGGAUUUUCCCGAGAAAACAAUUCCAUUCUAUUCUAUGUAAACUGGUUUCCAACUUUCUUUCUUUUACUUUGACUGACGCCAUUUCCUGAGCAGCUUUCGGCGCUCUUUCUUUUUCUCUCCUACCAGAUUCGCUUCUCCUCUCGCUCUCUCUUUCUAUGCACUUCUCCACAUAAAUAUUAAUAAAUUUUUAUAUAUUGCUCUGUGUGUGUAUAUAUGCAUAGUGUCAGUGACGGAAUAGACAAGAGCAAUCUUCAAAUCAGAGAUCUCUCUGGAGGAUCGUGGAGGCGUAGAUCGAGAGGUUUUCGCUAGGUCAGCUUGAACACAUUGUGAGUGAGUUUUACAAAAGGGAGAAUCUGUCAGAUUAUUGUAGAAUCCCCUACACAUGGUGUGGCUUGAUUAGUAUAUAUUCUAUGCUUUCUAUUGUGAUAGAAAGAAUGGGUUCAAUCUGCAGCAGACACAAACAUUACCAUGAAGCAGAUGCUGAGGAGAAUGCACAGGCUGCAGAAAUAGAAAGGAGGAUUGAGCAAGAAACAAAAGCAGAAAAGCAUAUUCAGAAACUUCUACUGCUUGGUGCUGGAGAGUCAGGGAAGUCCACAAUUUUUAAGCAGAUAAAACUUUUGUUUCAAACUGGCUUUGAUGAAGCAGAGCUAAAGAGCUAUAUCUCAGUCGUCCAUGCCAAUGUGUAUCAGACAAUAAAAGUUUUGUAUGAUGGGUCAAAGGAAUUGGCUCAAAAUACAACGGAGUCCUCAAAGUAUGCUUUGUCCGUUGAAAAUAAGGAUAUAGGAGAAAAAUUAUCAGAAAUUGGAGGCAGGUUAGAUUAUCCACGUCUCACAAGAGAGCUUGCAAAUGAGAUAGAGACGCUAUGGAAAGAUGCUGCAAUUCAGGAAACUUAUUCUCGUGGUAAUGAACUUCAAGUGCCGGAUUGUGCACAUUAUUUUAUGGAUAAUUUGGAGAGAUUGUCUGAUGCAAAUUAUGUUCCAACAAAGGAGGAUGUUCUCUAUGCAAGAAUUCGUACAACAGGUGUCGUAGAAAUCCAGUUCAGUCCUGUUGGAGAGAAUAAGAAAAGUGGCGAAGUAUAUAGAUUAUUCGAUGUUGGAGGCCAGAGAAAUGAAAGAAGGAAAUGGAUCCAUUUAUUUGAAGGUGUUACAGCUGUAAUUUUUUGUGCUGCUAUUAGCGAGUAUGACCAGACUCUCUUCGAGGAUGAAAACAAGAACCGAAUGAUGGAGACAAAGGAACUCUUUGAGUGGGUCCUGAAGCAACCAUGUUUUCAGAAAACAUCCUUCAUGCUGUUUUUAAACAAGUUUGAUAUAUUCGAGAAGAAAGUUCUAAAAGUGCCACUAAAUGUAUGUGAAUGGUUCAAAGACUACCAACCAGUUUCAACGGGAAAACAAGAAAUUGAGCAUGCAUACGAGUUUGUUAAGAAGAAAUUUGAAGAGUUGUAUUUUCAGAGCACUGCUCCUGAUUGUGUGGACCGGGUCUUUAAGAUAUACAGGACCACUGCCCUUGAUCAAAAGCUUGUGAAGAAAACCUUCAAGCUGGUAGAUGAGACUUUGAGAAGGAGAAAUCUCUUUGAGGCUGGCUUGUUGUGACCAUGGAGCAAUUUCUGAGAAAAGCAUGUCAAUAUUUUGAAGGACUUGAUCAGAUUUUUGGCAUUACAGUCUGAAGGAACACCCCCCAACCCAUUCACCUCUGGUAUAUUGAAUUCAUCAAAUUCUAUAUUUUAAAAAGUUUUGGACUCCCAUUUGUUUUCAAUGCAAGUUAAGAGAACUUUGAUUCUUUCCCCAUGAUUUUCUUGGCUGGUGGUUUGGUUUCGGGGAAAGCUCAGCCCCAAGAAUCUAUUCUAUUGUUCGAUUGUUCCUUUUUGUGGGUAUUGAAUCAUCAUACAUGUUAUAAACUUCAUUCUUUGAUCCUUAUACAACUUUUUAUAAUUUUUUCCUGCCAAGCAUUGUGGAAGAGUUAAUUGUAGGUGUCGAUUUUUAUAA